AUUACCCACAAUCCCCGCUGACGCAACCAGCCAGAGGUGGUCAAAGGGUGACGACGGAUCAGAAGCGUUUUCUUUGCCGGUUAGUGCCUGAAAUAACUGAAAAACUCUGUUCCCCGUGGUUCAAAACACACGCUCGUAUUUAUCUUAGGUCUGAGGAUGGCGUCAGGUGGAUCAGCGGUGGUUUCAGGUGCAGCAGAGGAGGAGAGACACGGUGGGACUCACCUGACAGACUCACCUGGACCGGAGGCAGGAGUCCCAGCUGAAAACCAAAAAAACUCAGAAGAUUCUGCUGAAGGCGAUGAGGACCGAGUUAAAGUCUGCCAGUUUUUCCUGAUGGGAAAAUGUCGUUUUGGACAGAGAUGCCGUUUAUCUCACAGCGAGCCACCGGCAGAUGAUUCAGGAUGUCAGGACUCGGACGACAAACAGGACGGAGAAAAGACGGAGAAACACAAGAAGAAGAAAGGCGGCGCCAACAAAGCAGUGAAGCCAAAAUACAGCGAGAGGAGAGAGGUGAACAAAAAGCCUCGGAUGCGGACGGCCGACGACGUUAUCUCCAGGAUCUUGUGGGAUCCGUCGGUGGAGGCUGCAGACUUCGUGGUCGGCUACGUGGAUCGGUUCCUUGGCGUUCUGGAGCGUCCAUUCUCCGACUUCAACUGGGACACCGACCCCUGCGACUGCGACUACGCCUCUGAGCUGGCGCUGCCCCGACACCGGAUCCAGUACUUCACCCACAGGGGGCACCGGGUCUGGGACCGCCACACCAGGACCGACCGGGUCUUCGGCUCCACCGGGCAGCCUCUGGCGCCCCCCUUUGGACAAAAGGAGGAGGCGACGGAGGAAAUUGAGUCUGAGGAUCCAGAAGAAGCAGAGCAGCUUCCACCGGAGCAGGACGGAGAACCAACCAAGAUUAAUCCCAGACAUCUGGAGGAGGAGGAGAACGAGACAAACGUUCAGCCUCAAGAAUCAGCUGCAGACAGACUUCAGGUUUCAGAGGAGCAGAAAGAUAAAGAGGAAGACGAGGAAACUCCGGCUGAAUGGGAGGAAAACUGGGAGAACAACGGAGACUCUGGGCAUCCUUCAGUCCCUCUGGAGAAGCGAGGCGGCCGUCCUCCUAAGAAGCGUCCGACCCACUUCGUGUGUUUCCGGGCCAACACUCCGUCCAUCCUGUCCUGUUUCCAGCAGCUCCAGGAGGACGUGGUGUCCCUGCUGCCUGACUGCGCCCCCUACUGGCGGCCAGCCUCCAGCCUCCACGUCACCCUCUGCCUGCUGGUGCUCCGCGGCCCGGACCAGGUGGCCUCCGCCGGGGAGAUCCUGCAGCGCUUCGCCCAACUGGACCGGAACCCCCCGGUGUCGGUGACGUUCCCGGUGAAGCUGAAGCACUUCAGCGGGAGGGUUCUGUACCUGAGCCCCCAGCCUCAGCUCCACCUGCAGCAGCUCAACGCCGGCCUGCAGGACGCCUUCAGGAUGGACGGCUUGCUGCACCGGGACUCCUUCAACCCCCGCUACCACCUCACCCUGGCCAAGCUGGACCGGCCCGACGCUGACCGGGUUUUCGAGGGCGUCGCCGACCUCAAGGCCGGGAAGAGUCUGAACUUUGGCCGUCUGCCGGUCAACACCUUACACCUGUGUGAGAUGGGCGGAGCCAACGUGGACGGGUUCUACCAGACGCUGUGCACUGUCUCUCUGAGAUGAGGAAGGCCAGUUGCAUGAAAACACUGCUGGACACGUCCUGCAGUUCAACACAAACACUACUGGACACGUCCUGCAGUUCAACCCAAACACUGCUGGACACAUCCUGGAGUUCAACCCAAGCACUGCUGGACACGUCCUGCAGU